AUGAGUUUUAAAUCAGUAUUAAAUAAUUUGAAUAAAGGUUUUUUGAUAUUCGGUAUUGGUUGUACUAACUACGGCCAAAGAUAUUUUAAGACGAAUGGGAUGUUUCAUUUUUUACGAUUUCUAUUAGUUUCUGUUGGUAUCCAUCAAUUUUACCGAUUCAACAAAUGGCUAUCAAUAAUUGAUCAGGAAGUAAACGAAGUAACGUCGCUAGUAAUUAUCACCUGUUAUGAGUUUAUGUUUAUUGGAACAUUUAUAGCAAUUGUAUGGCGAAUAUUUUACGAUAAAAAACUAUCUAUCAUAUUGACAAAAAUUGAAAAAAUUCACGAAAAGUUGAUUCGCUUGAAUGUGGCACGCCCAAUGAAAACAAUAAUGAAUUGGUUUUUCAUUAUUGGAAUUACUUUACAUGUUAUAGCAAAUAUAACAAUUAUAUUAUUAUGGAUAAAAAUUGAUAACACAAAUUUAUCAGUAACUGAUAUGCUUUCUUGGAUGUGUUUGGUUGUUAGUGGAUGCAGUUCAUUUUAUGAAUACAUACUUCUAAUAUUAUACAUACGGUGGAUGGUGUACAUGGCAAAUGAAAACAUUUCGGAAAGAAAAUCAUGCUUUAUUACAUUCAGAGAUAUGUAUUUGGAAGUUAUUGAAUGUUUAAACGAUGUCAAUAAUUCGAUUUAUGGUUUACCGGUCAUUUUAGCAUAUAUUACAGGAAAUAUUUGUGAUAUAAUUAUAACGAUUUACAGUGAUAUGUUAUUCCCCAGGGACUAUAGUAAAAACGAUGGUUAUUAUUCUGCAUUUGCUAUUAUUGAAUUAUUAUUAAAAACGGCUAAUGUUAUAAUAUUAUACGGAGUUGGUCACAUAACAGAAAAAGAGGUUAACCGAAUAAGUUUUGUCUUACAUCAACGGUCCGUGAUAGAAAGAAACCCUAGAAUAAAACGUCAGAUCAAGAUUUUUAUAUUACGAAGAUUGCACGAAUUCUAUCGUUUUGAGCUGUAUGGAAUAUGUCAAAUUAAUCUAAGAAAACUUCUUAGUUUAGUAAACAAAACAUUUGCUUACUUAUUAAUUCAAAUUAUGUUUAAAUUAAAUAAAAAAUAA